CAUAGUUAUCGAUAUAUCGAUAGCAGCAAAAGGGAAAAUUGCGUAUAUACGUAAGGAUUUGUUGAAUUCAUAAAUAAUUGCAAUAGGCUUGAUAAUCACCACAGCGACACCAUGGCCGACGAAAGCAUUACCCGAAUGAACCUCUCAGCCAUCAAAAAGAUAGAUCCCUACGCCAAGGAGAUCGUGGACUCGUCCUCGCACGUAGCAUUCUACACCUUUAACUCGGCCCAGAACGAAUGGGAGAAGACCGACGUCGAGGGAGCGUUCUUCAUAUACCACCGCAACGCGGAACCGUUCCACAGCAUCUUCAUCAAUAACCGACUGAACACCACGUCGUUUGUGGAGCCAAUCACCGGCAGCCUGGAGUUGCAGAGUCAGCCGCCGUUCCUGCUUUAUCGCAACGAACGCUCGCGCAUCCGUGGCUUCUGGUUCUACAACAGUGAGGAGUGUGACCGCAUCAACAGAUUGGUGAACAGUCUUCUGAAGAACAAGGAUUCGAACGGCCAAGCUCCACGGCCCGCUCCCUCCACGACGGCUAGUUCCAAGCAGGACAACGCCAGCAUAUUCAACAUGCUGAGCAAAGCCCAGAAGGAGUACAACGCACAAAUAAGCAGUAGCGGUAGUCUGCCGAAAACACCACCGGAGAACGUGACGCCUGGCAAUGUUUUAAAGUUCUUCGAGUCGGCAAAACAGGCAACAGCCGAUGCCCUGUUUCACCGCGUCCAGCCGCUGUCCGUGGAUCAGUUGGAGAAGCAGCAGCGCGCCGCAACGCCUGGCGAGGACCUUAUUCCAUCAGCGGCCGAGAAUCGAUUGUCGCCCUUCCAGAAGGCCCAGUCGCUGAAUUCCCAGUCCCUGUCGCUACUGAGCGAGCUGAAGAUCGGCAGUGCUCCGACAUCCUCGGUGUUGAAUGAAGACGCCGGCAAGUGCCUUCGACGCCUGCUGGCGGGCGAUAAACCGGAAAUAAAGCCGGCGUUGAUGCCACCCACAAUGUUUGACGCGCCCAACGGCAACCCGGAGUUUACGCAGCAGCCCAAGCAGACGGUGCAGCCCCUGAACUCCACGCAGUUCGUCCAGGCCUUCACACAUCUCAUCCAGAACGACAAGGAAUUCGUUAACAAGCUGCACAAAGCCUAUCUAAACGGCUGUUCCAAUCUGCUAUUGGAUUCGAGCCCCACAUAUCAAUAAACCGAAAAACACAGAUUCCCGAAUUUCA